CAGAUAAGCCCGCGGGAUGGACGAUUAUUAUUACAUUUCGGUACGUGUGAUUGUGUGAGAUAGGCUUCGCCCCGGGCGUCGCUCGUGGUGCGAUGCUACGCAUGUGCUGUGCCGGCCGCGCCACUUGACACAUAGUGCUGUGAUAUGCUUGCCUUACUAUACAUAUACAUAUAGUGAUCCGACGGUAUGAAUCUUUAUAUGCAGUGUCACCGUGAGCUGUGACAAGAAAUUUGCAAAAAAAUAUUUUUAAGAACAUUACUUUUUUACCAAAAAGAUGACUUUUCGAUGUGUUCCUACUUUCCAAGCUGUCUCCAACGAUAGUAACGCCACCUGGGAGCGGCUGGGCAGCGGCGGAUUGGGGCUCGGCGGCGGCGGGUUCCGCGGUGGCGGACAGCCGUCUCUCGCCGACUUCCAGCCGCCAUACUUCCCGCCGCCCUUCGCGCCCGCGCCGCACCCCGCCAGCCCGCAUCAUCAGCAACAGAGCCAUGGCAUGGAGUACGGCGGCGGCGGCGGCGGCGGUGAGUACGCGCAGCACUAUGCGCCGCAGCAGCUGCUGCCGCGCCACCACGUGACGCACCACGAACCGCACGCCCAUCUGCGCCACCACCGCGACCAUCAUGACGCGAUACACGCGCACCAUUUAUCGCACGGCGGCUUCAGCUACGGCGGUGGUGAGCGACGCGCGGACUACGGCGCGCGGGAACAGCACGAGCUCGCUCUGCACCACGCGCUACACUCCACUGAGGAGACGCCGAAUGCAACGAUGGACGAUACGACUGGCUUUAUGACGGACAUUCCUUUAUUAAAAACAAUGAAAGGCCGCGACGGUCUCGGCGGUACGGGGUCGUGCGCGCCAAACGACGUGUUCUGUUCCGUGCCCGGUCGCCUGUCACUCUUAUCUUCCACCAGCAAGUACAAGGUGACAGUAGCAGAGGUGCAGAGGAGGUUGUCACCCCCAGAGUGUUUAAACGCGUCGCUACUCGGCGGAGUGUUAAGAAGAGCGAAAAGCAAAAAUGGCGGACGAUUACUCCGAGAGAAGUUAGAGAAGAUAGGACUCAACUUACCGGCGGGGAGACGGAAAGCCGCCAAUGUCACGCUCCUCACUUCGUUAGUAGAAGCGGAGGCAGUGCACCUGGCCCGCGACUUUGGCUACGUGUGCGAGACAGAGUUCCCGGCGCGGGCGCUGGCGGAAUACCUCGCGCGGCAGUACGCGGAGCACGACGCGAGGCGCCGGCGAGACCUCUUGCAGGCCACUAAGCAGGUGACGAAAGAGCUGAUGGAUCUCCUCAACCAGGACCGGUCGCCGCUGUGCAACACGCGGCCGCCGCACCUGCUGGAGCCGGCCAUCCAGCGGCACCUCACGCAUUUCUCACUCAUCUCGCAUGGUUUCGGAGGACCGGCCAUUGUCGCCGCUCUGACUGCCAUACAGAAUUUUCUCAACGAAUCACUAAAGCAUUUAGACAAGUUGUACCCUCAGAGCGGCAUGGUGUCGUCAUCGAUGGACAAAACAAAAAUGGACCCCGACAUCAAGAAGUAACAAUAGCGUUACGACGGUGUCGGCGAACACCGCGCACGCGCAGUGAGAACUUACUUCAUUCUACUGACAGUGACUUUAGUCUACUCCGGAGUCUACAGUGACGUUUGUUCUUUAUUCAAAUACACAAGUGACUUUUAUUCUGUUUUUAAAAAUAUAUAGUGACGUUAUUCUUUAUUUGAAAUUUUUUUUUUUAUUUGUAAUAAUAAUCUAAAUUUUUGCGGAUACAAUUAUAUGCAAAUAGCUUCAGUUCGGACAUUUCGAUUCAAUAUGUCAUCAGAUGAUCGUUUGAUCUGUUAUAGACUUUGAAAAAUUCAGUUCAAACCACAGAUUUUUACGGAAUCGGUCCAAUCUUACUGGCACUGCCUUUAUAACAGAGACAUGUUCAGAACAGUUUUGAAUUUUUGUAUAUUUGUUUUUUUUUUCAUCCUUAGACGAAGAAUAAAGUCACAUACAGCCAUACAAAUUGCCAUCUCAUAAGAGUACUAAAUAAAAAUUGCGUAUAUAUUUUUAUUUCGUUUGUGGCGAUCCGCAUACAAAUAAAGUGCAAUUAUAAUAAUACUCAUGAUUGUGAGAACGUGUAAAUAUAGUUAUAGAUAACAUAUAGUAUUAAUUUAAGCAUUUAUAGUUUUAACUGCUCAAUGACUAAACAGAUUGUGUCGAAAAAGUUCCGUAACAUCCACCGCAAUACGAACACAUAUCAGUACGAUAAAUGUAAAUAUUAUUGUAGUUUUCCACAUUUUUUUCAUUAAAAGAAUACGGACAGUCUUCGGCAGGGUCACGUGACUAUUCGAAUUAAUAAAAAAAAUAUUAGCACCUAGAAAUGUCUUGACAAAUAAUUGAAAUAUAGUUUAAAGUUAUUGUCUUACCUUGUUAGUAAUUGUUCCUGAUUCGCGAAAGUUUUGAAAGCAAAUGAUACCUUAUAAAAAACGGUUAAUUAUGACAAUUUAAACAUUCCCUUCCUUUUUCAAAGAUAUUUUCACAAAAAGAUUAUAAUGUCAAUAUUUUUUUACUCGUCAGUUAACAGCCUGGGAUAUUUAAUUAUUAAUUUCUAUAAAAAAAAAUCUCUUUUUGAAAAACCUUUAUCGCCAAUUUUUUAAUCAUCAGCCCAACCACGGACUGUCCUAGAAAUUUAGAUGAUAAAAAAACAUGAAACCUCUUUAGUUGGUAAUUAGAAGAUAGUUUUGCUAGUGAAUCAAUGUGAAAGUGUGCCAAUUAGUUUGUAACAUUGGAAACGAAUGAAUACUUUCCAACUGUUUUAAGUAUUUAAUAUUUAUUGUGGCUUGUAAAUACAUUGACAUUGGUAUAUUGUCUCAUUUAAGGCUUUUUUUUCUUUUUUUUUAUUCCUUUCGUGGCCAACAAUAUUUUUGUAUGUUAUUUGAGAGAACAUUUCUAAUAAGAACCAGUGCCUCUUUGCUGUGUUAUAUUGGUAUGAGAGUUUUCCCUUUUGAUUCUUAUUUUUUAUGGUAUCUAGACCAUCUGUAAACUUCACAUAAAAUUUCUGACCAUUACUUACUCGUUUAUCUUGAAAAAUAAAAGGGCUGCAAAAUCUAUAACUUACUGGUAAAUAUAAUAUGAACAGGCAAAAUAUGGUGGCCUAUUUGUUGACACCCAUGUUCUUUUUUUAAAUACAUCACAGUGUGAAAUUAAAAAAUAUAAACAUAAGGUAAGGGAACUUGAAAAAAGUUUUCUAUCAAUUAUUAAUUCAAUACUAAACUUAUCUCUCAAGUAUGGAUCUGGACUAUAAGAUGUGCCAAAAUAAAUUAAUUAUCAAUUGAAAGUUGGUUUUCAACCGUCAGACUAAAGUUAUUCGUUUUAUAAAAUGUAACAUAGACAAAUAUUUGCGUUCGCAUCAACAAAAUAAAUUGACCGUAUGACUUGUUUAUUUUGUCAGAUUAUAAUUUAUAUGUUGGAUAACUCUUACCUAAAAAAAAAGAUCUACGCAUGGCCGCAUUUUGUAUAUUAAUUUCUUUAUGUACUUUUUAUUUGUUUGUGUAAAUUGUAUUUACCUCAAAAGACAUCUCUUUUUGUGUCAAGAAAAUCUAUGGCAUUAUUAUAAGUAAUUUUCAGCACUUGUAAACCAUAGGGCCACAAUUAAUAAAGAAAACUUUGUAAUAAUAACAUUUUUUUCUUACCAUUGUAUACUUGAAUUUUGUUUCGUGGAGUAAAGAAUGAUGUUGGAAA